AUGAGAAAUUUGAUUAUUGUUGCGGUUUUAUUGAAUGGUGGUGAGUUUUUGUAUUAAAAAAUCAGCUAGAUUUCUCAAUUUUUGAAAUGAAAUUUGAAAAAAAUUAAAAUUAAAAAAAAAUUUGAAAAAAAAGUAAAAUUAAAAAAAAUUUGAAUAAAAAUUAAAAUUUAAAAAUAGUGAUGGCCUAGGAAACCAAUGAAAAUCUCUUCCAUGUCGAAUUUUAUGUUCAAUAAUUCUGAAGCCUUCAAAGCCAAGAGGCCUGAAUCUCUGAGCUAAAGGUAUAAGCCUAGAGGCCUAGAUCCAUUCAGAAACCCUUUUUUGGAAGCCUGGCCCAACUUCAAUUUCUAGAAUCUCUGAAAUUUACAAAAAAAUGUCCAGAAACAAAAGCCACGUGGUAAAUUUCAAAAACAGGCAUUUUUCAUAGCAAAAAUCCACGUGGCAUGAAUUUUUUGAUCCCUACUUUUCUAGAUUUUUUUCCGUUGCUGGAAUUUCAGAUGAAAAUUUUCAACCCCUGUAUUUUCAUCUUGAAGUUCCACGUGGUAUUUUUUUUCCACGUCUUCAAAACCUCCCCAUUUUCAGCCUACACUCUCUCCAACCCUGACAGCGAAGAAUCAGAAUCCGAAUCUUCCCCUUCCUCCUCACUCACCCCAACUUCCAGUAACUCGCUAAUGAAAAUGGUGGACAGCGAGUGGAUCGAUAAAUUCGUGCCGCGCAGCUACAAAAAAACCAAAGCAGACGAAGAAGAUGUCAGCAAGGACAACAACUUCGGAUUCAGUGAUCAGGGAAUGAAGGAUUUGGAUGAGGUUGGUGGAUUGGUUGGCGGUGGAGAUUCGGAUCUGCUCGCCAUUCUUCGACCCUAUUAUUCGAUGGUUGAGAUGACGGCGAAUGGGAAUAAACAGGGAAUGGGACAGUAUUUGCAUGUUUUGCCAGAUUCAGAAGAGGGCGAUACACCGAUUUAUAGUGUUGGUGGAAGUAUGUAUGGUGGAGUGGAACCGGCUGGUGCUAAACUUGGUUAUAUGAACAGACCCUUUGGAAAGAAAUAG